AGACUGUAGCGAGUUUGGUUCUUUUGGAACCAGUUCCAUUGCCAGUGAUAAGCAACAGCUGAGCGAACGUUUUGCUUUGUGAACAAUCAACAGUUGAUUUCCGACAAACAAAGAGAAUGUGAAAAGAAAAAAAAAGGAAACCAGAACAACUAGAUAGUCACCCGCAUAGGCAAGAAAAAGUGAAAAGACCCCACCCAGUCCACUGCUGAAACAAAAUGCAUUCCGGUCAGAGCCAGACUCAUGUCCAGGGCAAGGAGAAGAUCAUCAAGAGUUGGUCGGGCAUCGGUGAAAUCGCCAUAAUCAAAGAGGUUGCCACCAAAGGUGAACAUAUUGAUUUCUGUUUGGAAUAUUGGUCACAGAAGCGUAAGAUUCCCCUGCAGGAGUAUCGUCAUUAUUUCUUUGAUGUCGUCCAGGCUUAUGUCCAGCGAUUGCUCUCCGAACGUCUUGUAUGUAAGGCGGAAAAUGUUCUACGAAAUGUGGAAAAGGACGUGAAAUGCUUCUUCUAUCAAUACGCCUGCGAGUGCCAGGACGAGGAACUCUCUGAAUUUGUUCUUGACCAUUUGAGAAGCAAGGAAUCCCAGCUUUAUGAACAGGAAGAGCCUGUCCUGACUUAUUAUUGGUCUUUGGUCCAACAGUUACGUGAAUGCAGUUCAUUAAUGACCCGGCAUAAGGUUCAAAUUCCACGUUUAAAUAUCGAGGCCUUGAUGUCUUUACCGGAAGAGUCACUGCAGCUGCUUUUGGUUGAACUUUACUUUGCCAAUGGCAAUGAGACUCUUCUCGUGGAGCUCAACAAGGAGCUUGUGUGGCAGCAUCUGGUAGAUAAUCAACUAAUGGAUAAACUGCUUAAAUGGCUCACUUGUCGCCAGAGAGCAGGGGCUACAGUUCAGGCAGAGUCUGCCCCAUCAAAGUUGGAGCAGUGUUUUGAAUCUUGGCCCAUUGAUGCAUCCAUGUAUGAUUAUGGCGUGGAGCAAUUGAAGCAACCUUGUGAAGUUUUGCGUAAUUUUUUUGCCAAGGCUGGUUACUUCUUUGCCGAUGAAUCAUCGAAUAUUUCCACUCAGCUACGUCGCCUAUGCACCAUGGGUUGUCUUCAGGACAAAGAGCAUGCAGAUUGGCUAAGCCAACAGCCCUUGGCCAAGUAUUUGUUCGAGCGUGGCUAUUAUAGACUUUUAUUGAUGGAUUGUGUACCCACUGCAGCUCUGGAAGCGCUAGCAAAUAGUCAAAGUGAACUCGGGCCACUUCUUACAUUAAUUAUGGACCUCAAGAAGCAUCCAUUAAACCAAACUGAGGGAUUUCAACUGAUAGCCCGCAGUGUUCAGACAUAUUUAGAAGAAACCCAUCAUGGAGUAGAGCCCUUGGAAGAGCAUCCACUUUUGACAUUUUAUGAUUUCUUAAAUCAAGAACCCAGUAUUGGACUGCUAGAGGGUUUCCUCACAUCAACCAGUCUGAGUCGAGUGCCUUAUCUCAAGUCUUUAUCUGCAAGAUUCGAUCAUGGACCAACAGGUCAUCCCUCAGGAGUCCCAACGCCUCACGAACUUUUCCUUAAAUUCAAAAAGAUCAAUCUGGAAGCACAUAGUUCGGAAUUGUGGUCUUUCUCAAACUCCCGCUUGAGUCAGCGUUAUGCCAGAAAGUCUCAACUGAAUUAUACCCAUUAUAUAAAGCAACAAAGAAGUGCCUAUGCGGUUUAUUAUUUGAUAACCGAACAGCUGCAGUUAUAUGGCCAAAUAACACGAGCCCAAUUGUAUCAUGCCUGUGAAACGGUCACCCAGUUGGCCUUACGAAAUGCAGGAGAUGCCGAUCUGGUCACUCAUUGUGUGGCCUGUUGUGAGAUGUUGGGUUUCGAUACACAACUUUUGAGAAGUUUUCUUCUGCUGCAACGGCAAUUGAAUAGCAAAUCCCAGACGGAAUAUGUUAGCUACUCGCAAAUGCUUGGCCAUUGGGAUCAACAAAUUGUGAAGCAAUUGAUAGCCCAGCCCAAAGAAUUCCCCUUGGAAUUGUAUCAAUCUCUCAUAUGUCUGGCUAAUCGCAAUGCUUUAGAUGAAUUUCCAAAGAAUUUGCUUAAAUAUUAUGCCUCACGAGAUGAUUGGUGGCCUUUGCUAUUAAUUUUUCAAUACUUUGAUUUGCCUUUGAGUGAACUAAAAAAACUUUUAGGUCACUUUAAGACUAAUUCUUUGGGUCUUCAUAUGCUACAAGCUCUUAGCUAUGAUUGCCCUCCUUUCUCCACCACGACAAGUCAUCAUCACCAUCAUCAUCAUCAUCAUCAUCACAAGAGAAAUUUCAGACGUACAGAGCAGACUACAGCUUCAUCACAAGAUACUUUGACCAAUUCCUCAAAUAGCUCCAAUCAAGAUGCUGGAAAUCUAUCACAAAGAAUCAGAGAUGAAUCUUUUUCGUGCAAUAAUCAAGAUCUAUUUGCCAUUCUGCUAACCAGCUCCACGAAUAAUCUGCCUGAUGGAGAGCCAAUCGAGAAUAUUGGAAAAUUCAUGGACAUGAUGUAUAAUCAAAAUCCACAAUGCACUUGGCUGAAUCUAUUAAGAAAUUGUGUGAAAUAUGAAAUGCCUAUUUUGGCGGUGCUGGCCACCACUCUGAGUGAGCAGAAUCGCGACUGGUGUUGGCUGGUCUGGCUGGCUGUUACGAGUGGGCAAUGGGGACUUUUGGUAAAAGAGGCUCAUCUCUCCUUAAAGGAUAGUAAUUCAACCAAGUUGAUAUGGUCUCUGGUGCGAGGAGCCGUCUUUGAAGGUCAGGUCAAUGCUUUGCUGCAUAGUUUCAUUAUAUUUCAAACGGAUUCCAAGUUUACACAUCUCUGCCGAUUUCUGCAUUUGACCAGUCACCAGGAGGACUUUAGUGACUCAACCAUAGACGAGUUGCGUCAGUUUUUCUAUUACCUAAGUCAGGAUCGGGUUAAUUUGCCUUUGUGUCCUCUACAGCCACGUAAAUUGCUGAUGAAGAGUUCCAUUAACCUGCUUCUCACACAAUUGGAAAAGAAUUUCGAUUGCAUUCUGCAACAAGAAAGAUUUCUUAAUUGCAUUUGUCGCUCAGAUGUGGGUGAUAUUUGUGAUCUUUUGGAUUUUUGCCUCUUGGACAAGGUCUUUGCUGUGUCCGCUAAAUGGAUGAGACAAUUUUCUAUUGAUUUGGAGCAACUUGUGGGUCGUAACAGUCCGGAAUAUCAACGACUGGUGGAGAAUUUAACAGAGGUCAAAGCCUAUGAAGAGGCUUUAGAGGUGGCCUCAAUGCUUCAACUGCCGCUAGAUGAUAUUGUCUAUGGCAAAUGGCUGGAUGAACUGGUCAGGGGAGAGUUGCGUCCCCAAGUGGAGUAUGAAAGAGAGAUUGAGAAACAUUUCUUGCCACCAGCCAUAUUGGUUAACUUCCUGCUACAAGCAGCCAAUAGAAUAUCGGGUCUGAAACGUUAUGAGCUUCUCAAAAGCUGUCUCAGUGUCAUCAAGCAACAUCAUUUAUUUCCCAAUGAAUCCUUCGAUAGAGAUCAAAUUGAAUAUGAUAUGACAUGGAGUUAUCUGGAGCUAGCCGAAGAUGAAUUGCCAGCAAUUAAAAUCUAUUAUUCAGAAUAUUUUGAGCAAAUAAUGCUUAAAGAACGAUGUGUACUAUAUAAAUCAUUUGCGGAACUGAAAGAACUGGCUGGCAUCGAUGAUCUUAGUAUAGCAAACAAAUCAAAAUUAACCCCAGAGAUGGAAACACGUUUAAAUGAACUCCUAAAUACUCUACUCGACGAGGGAGACAUUGUGGAGGCUCUGCGGCUGCAGGAACUAUUCGAAUUUCGACCAAAUGAUCUGCGUUUUAUAGUCUUUGCCAUGGCUCUAGCAGAGGGUAUGACCACCAUAAGCACUUUGGCCAUCAAAGAGCGUCAACUGCUGAGUGAGGUGGAGAAAGGUGCAUUUCCCAAAUUCAAUAGAAUCUCUCUGAAUCAGAGAUGUGCCAGUGAUUUAUCCGAUAGUCUAUCCGAUGCCGUCGAAUUCGAAGAGAUUCCAGCCAAAGAGAAGCAACAGACAUUGGAUACCCUUCUGGGCAUAUGUUCAAAGCUAAAACAUGGCGUAGAACUGGGCAGACGCAUCGUUAUGGCUUAUAGAGCAGCCAUGUACUUGGAUAAGGAGUACAUGGAUGUGUUGCGUACCAAAGAUGCCACAAUAUUACUGAAAAGUGCUGCCGAUGAGGAUUGCUUGCAGCGACUUUUAGUUGUGAGUGAUAUUCACAUAUCGACGAGAAUGACACCGUUGGAAAUAGCUGAAAGUUUGGCUUUAGAGCUAACCACAUGCAUGGUUCGGCCACGUUUCUAUAUUCUGGAAGAGCCAAGAAAUGCCUUACGAAAUGCCAAUCUCUGGGGUCAUAAUAUUGAUCGUGACUUUCAUUUAUUCCUAGAACUGGCCCCGAAUACCACUCUCCUUGGCAACUGUUUAAUGGAUUAUUGUGAUGCUUUAAAAUCCUACAGAAGAUUUCAGGAUAAUAAGCCCCAUGAGGAGAGUGAGGCCUUUGAACGUCUCUCACAGAUCAUAGCACGCUAUGGCAUACCGAAAUCCGUUAAUGCUGGACCACAAGUCUUAUCGCAUAAGAAACAUAAUCAAAUCUAUGUGGAACUACUGAUAAAGGCCCAUCUAUGCUUUGUCCAUGAGUGCUCCAUGGAGGGCAUUGCCAAUGUGCUGCAGCGAGCCAAACACUUGAACAGCCAACUAACCAAGGCGAGAUCUUGGUCUCUGAUUGUACGUCUACUCAUCGGCAUUGCCCGGUAUCGAGAAAUGUAUUACUGUUUCGAUGCCCUUAUAGACAAUGAUCAGUUUGAAUCUCUACUCGGCCAAUUUGAGGAUGAUCAGAAGUUGGGCCUGCGCCAGGCCAUCUUAAGCUAUUUGCGUGAAUAUCAACCGAAUAAUGGCAAAGAACUGCUACGAUUGGCUGCCCUGCAUUUCCUCAUGUACAAAGAGCUGGCCGAAAUGUGGGCCCAAGAUGGUCAGGGGUUGAUAACACGAAUACGUCACCAAUACGAACAGGCAGGCAAACUGAAAUGUUGCAGCGAAGUGCAGAGUUUACUUCAACGGGCCAUGGAGAACUUUAGCCAUUCCACAGAGAAUUAUUUAUUGGAUAACAAACUGCUUUUGGCCCAACAGAAUGUAGCCAAGGCAGAGUUAAUGGCCAUGCAAUUGGACCUAUGUAACAAUCAUGCGGAAAAAAGGAUUACCUCAAACAUGAUCACGUCAAGUACACCAAUUUGUGCAAGUGUUCUUGGCGUUGAAUCAAGGGAACAUUUUCGCGACUUGGUCAAUACAAAUUUAAGUGUGCCCCAAUCAUUGAUAUUGAGUCGAGCCUAUGGAUACGAUCUUAAUUGGAGUGAGGCAUUGCUGUGUCAAUUUGUUAUCCUUCAUAAAGGAAACUAUCUAAAAGAGUAUCUUUGUCAUCAAGUCAUUAAUGACGACAUUAUUGAACAAGCUGUCAAGGGAUACUUGGUACAAUCUACACAAGGUGCAGUGUUAAGUCGCCAACAGGAAGAACAAUCUCUCGGUCAGUUGGUUAAUUUAAUUAAAUCGGUCACUCUUAAAUACAAAUUGGCCUCCAUGCUGGGUCUAAAGACUAUUGUAAUGUCUCUGAUUAACGAAUCGACGGUUUAUUAUCUGCGCGAUACAAAUUUCGGUCGCAAGGAAUUCCCCAAUUUGGUCGAUUCGUGACACAUUUGGCUGGGCUUACACCUAAAGCCAAGGUUCCAUAAUAACCACAUACAAUUCAUUUUAAUACAUAGAUAUAUAUUAUAUAAAAAAGUGAUGUCAUUAAGUGAUUUAUAUUAAAUGUCAAAUUUAUCACCAAUAA